UUGGAAAACGGCGUAAACGUCAUAAACCGGAAGUUAAUUGUGUAACUCUUAACGAAACAUAUGUCGAUUCUAUAUAAGGAAAUAUGUUUCCCCCAAAUAUUUAAAACUAUUUUUUUGUUCGCCCCCGAAUCUUACUAUACAUAAAUUAUGCCCCCCGUCAACUUCUAGCUUCAUAUUGCUUGUCAGUUUUAACAGACGAUUGACUCAACUUGCGAUCCUCACUAAGAAGACUGAAAAAAACCUCUAAACAACUUGGAUGAAUCUUUGUUCAUAUUCUCAGAAAAUGAAACCAUACACAUCAAUUGUCCAUACUAUUUUUCUACUACUUGCUGGCUUAAAGUUGUUGUCAGCUCAAGAAACCUAUUAUUGCGGCGGGAAACCUGCGGAUGUUUACUUUCUUUUGGAUUCUUCAACGAGUAUUUGGUUUGUAGACUUCGCCAAACAAAUAAAAUUCGUAGAAAACAUGAUUGAGCUUUUUGAAGUCGCACCGAAUAAAACCCGUAUUGGUCUGGGUACGUUCAGCAACAGUUUCUAUCCACAGUUCAGUUUUAAAGACUACACCAAUAAAACUCAAGUAAUCGGUGCACUGAAGAGUAUUCGUCAAAAUUAUGGAGGAACCAAUACGGCGAAAGCUAUCAAGGAGAUGCGUGAAAGAGAAUUCAAUCCUCUGGGCGCUCGACAAGACGUUGCUCAUAUUGCUAUCAUUUUAACAGACGGGAAAUCUUGGAGCUUAUCAAAAACGGCUGAAGAAGCUAAAAUAGCCAAAGAAAAGGGUGUCUACAUGUUUGCCGUUGGUAUUGGUAGCAAUGUGGACCUCAAAGAACUAAAAGGCAUAGCUAGCGAAUCAAAUAAAAAGGAAUCACAAUUUGUGUUUCAUGUGGAAAACUUUGAUGCCUUAGAUUCCAUUAAGGAGAUUCUGGCGAUCCAGACAUGUGAAGUUGUACCGAAUGACCAGUACAGAUGUGGAGCAUCUGGACAAGCGGACAUGAUCUUUUUAUUAGACAGACUUGUCAUGGCGCCAUCACGAAUUCAACUGAUUAAAGAUUUCAUUGCAAGGACAGCAGAUUUGUUAGACAUGGGCCCUAAUAAUCCCGUUCGAAUCGGUGUCUUCACAGAUUGUCCGGACUCCGAAGAUAUUUACCUGAACGAUCAUAAUGACAAAUAUAGUUUCAUUAAAGAACUAAAAGUAACCAAAGACAAAUCAAGGAUACACACUCUGAGACGAGUUCACCGAGUAGGAUUUAGCAAGAACAAUGGCGCUCGAACGGAAGCGCGAAAACUUGUCAUCCUUUUUGUGGACAGUCCACUGAUAGACGCCAAAAAAGUACUUUUAGAAGCAAUGAAAAUGAAAUUAUCGGAUAUCGAGAUAUUCGUGGUUACCAUUGGCAAUGAAUAUUUAGAGAAAGAAAUGUCCAGACUAGCAUCUAGAAAAGUCAAAGAACAUACUAUCAGAGUCCCAAGUUAUUCUGAAUUAAACGACUCCGUGGCAAACUUCGUCAAUCUUAUUUGUGAAAAACUAUGAAUCUAGAAACAUCCAAAGAAUUCAUUAUUAGUAGAAUUACGUGAACUUUGAUCGAAGUGGAAUAAUGGUCUCUGUUGGUCGAUGUGAAGGACAAUCGGACCAGUUUGCUUGAAAGAGAAAAGAAUGGAACAAAACCUAUCCUUUCAUGGCCGGUAUCAUAUUUCCUAAUUGAACAAUUGGACGAUUUUUAUUUUCUCUACAAACGAAACAAUACCUGUUGGGGGCGUUCGUACGCACGAACAUUUGAGUGAAUGGACAGACACUCUUAACAUGAUUGAAAGUAAAGCAUUACGAUGUCGGUAUCCAUUUGUGUGCAUGGGAAUGUAUGAAGCAACACGUUUAUGUAUAAAAUAAUAUGAUAUUAUAUAU